AUGCAGCAUCAGCAGGAGCAGGAGCAGGAAGAAGCUUCCUCUCAUCAUGACAAAGCAUCGCCGUCUCCCAGUUUCAGCAGCUACUCCUCGGAGACACUCGCGGAGAUCGCCGCCAGAGUAAUCGAGGAGCUCCGCCGCGAUCCUUACUCCGACGACGAUGUCGACGCGCUCUUUCCGACGUGGGAAAAGGAAAAGGAAAACAAGAACGACAAUGACUUCACCGUGCAAAACGACGAGCCGACGGAGCAAAACGACGAGGACGAUUUCGAGUUCGAGUUCGCGUUCGUUUCCCGAGACUUGGCUUCUCCGGUUUCCGCGGACGACAUUUUCUACAACGGCCAGAUCAAGCCUAUGUACCCAAUCUUCGGCGUUCCCGCACACGACGACGUUUUGAGUGUUCCGAAUACAACUAACACAGCCGCAACUCCCGAAGGGACAGCGAGACGGCGUCGUCUCCCUCUAAGGAAGCUAAUGUUCGAGGAAGGCGAAACGACGUCGUGCUCGUCGUCAACGGACGAGAGCGUUGACCUGGAGGGGGUGGCGGAAGGCGCGUACUGCGUGUGGACUCCGAAUUCCGUUGGGAGGGAACGGAAAAAGAGCAACUCGACGGGGUCCGCGUCGAAACGGUGGAAGCUUCGGAAUUUGCUUCUGAGGAGCCACAGUGACGGAAAGGAUAAACAACAACAAAAACAACAGCAAGUGGUGUUUCAGAUUCCGACCAACAAAGUGAAGCCCCAAAACGGAACCGUCGGAACGGAACAUCAUGCGGAACAGAACAAGAGGAAGUCUUUCUUGCCUUACAGACCGGAAUUGGUUGGACUUUUCACCAAUGUCAAUGGACUUGAUUAUCAUAUCCCUCCCCUGUUCUAUUAG